UUAACACACACACACAUACACAGAUCCAGGGGCACUCGGCAAGCGGGGCAAACAAUCAUGUAUUUCAAUAGAAAUCGUGGCCGCUGACAAAAAACGUGCUUUUGAUUCACUGACGUGAUGCUUCGGGGGAAAGUGACAGGCGGCCAGUUUCAUUCUCGUUUAUUCAUGAAUCUCCAUUUUUGAUGUUGGAGAGAGAAAUGAGUGCCGAGGUCGGGCCUACUGGUGCAAAUGCUGCUGGGAUUUUGCAGAUCCGCUUUCACAAAUUGACAAAAACUAACGCUACAUGCUCGAAUUUUAAGGGCUUUCCGGUGGUUCUGUCGUGACCGAGUCGUUAAUGGAUGGAGCCAUGUCAACAUGAAUCAGUCCUACAAAGUGGCCGGCAGGGAUGGCUCGGAGUGUCGUGGAGAUCCACAGGACAGCAGGGCUCUUGAUGGCCGAAUCGGCUCCUGUGGACAGCAGAGCACCAAGGCCGACCAAAGCUCUGCCAUGCAUUUCUUAAACCCUGGCUACAAACUCUCUGCACCGUUUGCGUACAACCAGAGAGAAUCCAGCUACAGCCCGCUGAGGAGACUCCAGGACCUGACCACUAUGGUGAACCAUGCGGACGGAGGUUUGCAGGACAAGGACUUCCACGGGCGAAACAAAUUGCUCAUGCACAAUCCCAUUGGUGCGAACGAGUUCGGGAUAGGCGUUUAUCACACAACCAAUUCACAAGCAAACACUGCUGUUCAGGAUCUGGACAAGAAUGGUUUCUCGCCAGUAAGCUCCGAUAGCUUGGAACACUUUUCCCCAAUCCCCAAUGGAUUUUUGCAUUUCGGGUCGACCCUGUUUGACAGCGGCGACAGCAAGGAUAACGAUGAGGAUGCCAAUGGAGAGGUGGCGACGUUUAAAAGCACGUCAAAGAAAUGCCAGAAACGAAAUGUGGCAAAAACAAAAACUCAGAGCAGCCACAGAUUGGACGCAAACAAACAUAGUAGUAAAAACACAGCAAGGUCGGACCCUCCAGCGAGUCCUUCACAUUUACCGGUGGAGGCCAUGAUGGAGGAUUUUGACAGUAUGGAUGAUUAUUCUGACAGUGACUGCGAUCUGCCCAGCACUGAGAACUGCGCAUCAAUAUUCAAUCUCUCCAAAAGAGCACACUCACCCAGCGACUCCCAUUCAAAUCCUUCAAACAGCCCAAAGAAGAAGCAGCUGCUCAGUGUGAAGUACUCUAUUGGGGAUGUUGUGUGGGCCAAAUUCAACCGCAGACCCUGGUGGCCCUGUCAUGUAACCACUGACCCACAGAUCGAUGUCCACACCAAAAUGAAAGAUCCCAGUCGUCGGCCAUGCCGCCUCUAUUUUGUCAGGAUGUUUGGGGAGAUCGUGGACCAAGCUUGGGUCCCAGCGAAAGCCACUUUUCCUUUUGAAGGAGGUGAUCAGUUUGAAAAACUCCCGGUAUUGAGACGGAGAGGAAGACAGAAGGAUAAGGAUUACAAGUACACGGUUCCCAAGCGUCUAAUCCCAUCAUGGAAAGCUAGUGUCUUAGAGGCAGAGGCAUCGUUAACCAAACAGUUAAACAGCGAACCUCCAUUGACUUUAAUCCGGGAUGUGUGUGUGCCAAUUACAGAAGACAAGGCACCCAAAAAAAGUCCUGCUUGUCCAAAGUCUACAACGCUAUCCACAUCAUCAAGCUCCCUUUUGUCCAAUGGACUCAAUGCAUCCGUUAAGAACAGACUAAAACCAGGCACUGCAGGCAAAAAGAAGACAACUAAAAAGAUGGUCAAAUCUCAAUCAAUCAGAUUAAGCGAGACCCCUUCAUUAUUUAAAUCCAAAUCAAACCCUUCAUCAGAUAAACCCUCCACAGCCACAGAGCCCCUAGAUAGUCCGUAUUUAGAUAUCGACUCGGUACCCAGGAUUCUGUGUUCAAAACGUAUCAAUGAAUCGCUGGAGAAAGAGUUGAGCGCUAAAACUACAAAAGUACCAGCAUGUAAGAAGACGAGCAAAAACAGCAUGGACAAACCGGGGAAGAAAUCUGAUGUAACAUGCAUGAAGAACAGUAAGCUGAAGAAGUCGACUCCCAAAGACAGAACACUUAAAGUUACAAGCUCCAGACUGAAGGAAAGCAGUUCCCCGGGCUCGUCGGAUGGCUCUUUUGCCAUGCACUCUCACUAUCUGCCUGCCAGCAGUGGCUUAAUCUCGAGAGCACUUGCCGCCGGGGAAGAAACCGAGGAAAAAGACGUAAGCCAUGAGCCAAAUUCUCACUCGCCAAGUUCUGAACACUCGUCCCCUACAAACCAAGAGGUAUCAAAACAAAAAUGGCAGGUAAAAAAUAACAGCGAGUCUAGUGAAGAAUCAACAGAUGCCUCCGACACCCCGCCAAACCCAACUCUAAAUAAAUUCACCAGAAUUUCCCUCCGGAAACAGAAAAAUGGCAUUCACAAAGGACGUCCGUCUAAAUCACACGAGCAAUCAGAAUCUAAAAUAAAAAAUGAAAGCAUGUUCUCAGACACGUCAUCUUCAUCCAUCCCAUCUCCUUCAAUAUCUCCAAUGGAGGCUUUCCAAGACAUCAAGGAGCUUUCCUUUAGAUCUCUUGUUAAAGAGGAAUGCAGCUCUGGAGAAUCGUCGCUCCGUGCUGAUUCCAACUACAAAUUCAGCACUUUCCUGAUGCUCCUGAAGGAUUUGCAUGACAGCCGGGAGAAGGAAGGGAAACCUUUAACUCUUCCUCCAACAUCUCCAUCUUCAUUAAUAAAGGAAGAACCUUCACUCAUCCCUGUUGGAGAAGAUGCAGCAAAUGAGGUGCUUUGUGAAAAGGAGUUUGCAGAGCAAAACAGCUUGCCUGGAAAAACAUCCACACCGAACAACUCAAAACAAAGCAAAGCCAAUCUGAAAUCAACAGUGAAAAAGGAGACUCAAAAGCCUGACGCUAUAGAUUCAGUUUCUCCAUUAAAGAAACCAAUCUCGCCUGUAGCUUUGAAUGUACUUGACAAAAGUUUGCCUCUGUUAGGAGAUCUUUCAAAGUCUAGUAAUGUUUCUGCUGCGGUUACUGAUGUUUGUGCGAAAGCAACCAUCUCCAAGGUUGCUCCUAAAAAGCGCUGGAAAACAUUUGAGUCUGAACUUGGGAAAAGCAUCAAGCCAAAGAGCGAUCAGGUUGAUUCGACUCUAGAUGAAGUGAAGAGUGUGUCCACAGAGCCCAAUGGAGUCUUCAAAGACAGUCUUCAGGAAUCGGCUCACUCUGAUGUCCCGGAUAAAAAAGAUGCUUCAGAAAACAAAAGACUUCGAAAGCCAAGCAAGAGGCUGAUUGAAUGCAGUGAAGAAUAUGAACAAAUAUUUCCCACUAACAAGAAAACGAAGAAAUCCGCAGAGUCCUGUAAAACGGGAUCUUGUAUCUCUAACACUACUCCUGAACCGCCGGCGUCAGACCAGAUCACACCUGAUGCUGUUUUGAGCUCUUCAGCUGAAAAACCCUCUGAACAUUCCAAACCAGAAAAGCAGAAACCCCCUGCAGAUGCUCCUGUUUCUCCUUCAGCACCCAAAUCUCCAUCCUGUACCCCAUCCUUAGAGACAGAGCCGUGUGAGAAGAAAUCUGCUCCUUUGGUAAGAAAGAGGACACGCAAGUAUGUGCAAAAAGUUCUAGACUGCGCCAUUCAAGGGGAGUGUGUUAAGGUCCCAAAGAAAGGGGAGAGUAAACAACACAAAUCGAACUCAGAAGACUCAGGUGUCAGAGAUCUGCAGAAACAGGAAGAGGCUGGACCUCCACCAUCAAGCCCAUGUGCUGUAUCAGCACAAAGUGAGGGUGAAAUACGAACGUCUUCCCCGAUCCAGCCGGAUGUUUCCAGUGUGGGUCAGAUCCCGAUUGAAGGAGAGCAGAGCAGUCCAUCUAAACCUCAGAUUAACAACGAAGAAUCGCUGAUCUCUGAGGGUUUUGGUGCAGGACUCAAUGACAGUGCGUUUUCCAGCAGAGAUUCAUUAUCAGGGGAUUUGUCUGGACUCUCGACCAAUAAAAGAUCAGUGGAGAGAGGCGGAGGUGCGUCGCUGAAGGAGAAUGUCUGCCAGGUGUGUGAGAAGACCGGAGAGCUGCUGCUGUGUGAGGGUCAGUGCUGUGGAGCUUUUCAUCUGCAGUGCAUCGGCCUCACAGAGACUCCUAAAGGACGCUUCAUCUGUCAGGAGUGUAAGAUGGGUGUGCACACGUGUUUUGUGUGUAAAAAGCCUGACAAGGAGGUCAGGAGGUGUAUGAUCCCUGUGUGUGGGAAGUUUUAUCACAUGGAUUGCAUAUUAAAAUAUUCCCCCACCGUCGCACAGAAUCGAGGCUUCCGCUGCUCCAUCCACGUCUGUCUGUCCUGCUACAUCACAAACCCCAACAACCCUGGCAUCUCCAAAGGCCGUUUGACCCGCUGCGUGCGCUGCCCUGUGGCCUACCAUGCCAAUGACUACUGUAUGGCAGCGGGCAGCGUUCCUCUGGCCAAUAACAGCUUUCUGUGCCCAAACCACUUCACGCCACGUAAAGGCUGCAAAAACCACGAACACAUCAACGUCAGCUGGUGCUUUGUGUGUUCUGAAGGCGGGAGUCUGCUGUGCUGUGAAUCUUGCCCUGCUGCCUUUCACCGAGAGUGUCUGAGUAUUGAUAUGCCACAAGGAAGCUGGUUCUGCAACGACUGUCGAGCAGGAAAGAAACCUCAUUACAAGGACAUACUUUGGGUCAAAGUGGGACGCUACAGAUGGUGGCCUGCUGAAGUCACGCAACCCAAAAGCGUUCCUGAAAACAUCUCCCGCAUGAAACACGAGGUCGGAGAGUUUCCCGUGCACUUCUUCGGCUCUAAAGACUACGUGUGGACGUAUCAGGCUCGAUGUUUCCCCUAUAUGGAAGGAGACGCCAACAAUAAGGAGAAGAUGGGAAAGGGUGCAGAUGCCGUCUAUAAGAAAGCUUUAAAUGAAGCGGCUGAUAGAUUCAGAGAACUGCUGCAAGAGAAGGAGAUGAGGCAGCUUCAGGAAGACCGAAAGAAUGAUAAGAAACCUCCUCCAUACAAACACAUCAAGGUGAACAAACAAAUAGGAAAGGUGCUGAUCAUCACGGCGGAUCUGUCUGAAAUCCCACGCUGCAACUGUAAAGCCACUGAUGAGAACCCAUGCGGCAUCGACUCGGAGUGCAUCAACCGCAUGCUGCUGUACGAGUGUCAUUCGCAAGUGUGUCCCGCAGGAGAGCGCUGUCAGAACCAGAGCUUCACCAAACGCCAGUACACCGAGGUGGAGAUCUUCAGGACUCUGUCACGGGGAUGGGGACUGCGCAGCAUAUCCGACAUCAAGAAGGGAGCGUUUGUGAACGAGUAUGUUGGCGAGGUCAUUGAUGAGGAGGAGUGUCGAAACAGAAUCAAAAGCGCACAAGACAACGACAUCUGCAACUUCUACAUGCUCACACUGGAUAAGGAUCGCAUUAUAGAUGCCGGGCCGAAGGGAAACGAGUCACGUUUCAUGAACCACAGCUGCCAGCCAAACUGCGAGACUCAGAAGUGGACGGUGAAUGGAGACACCAGAGUCGGGCUGUUUGCUUUAGAGGAUAUCCCUAAAGGUGUUGAACUCACGUUUAAUUAUAACCUGGAGUGUCUGGGUAACGGGAAAACAGUGUGUAAAUGUGGAGCGUCAAACUGUAGCGGAUUCCUGGGAGUCAGACCAAAGAAUCAGCCCCCAUCAGAUGACAAGACGCGGAAACUGAGGAGGAAAGUUUCAGGGAAGCGCAAGAGUCAGUCGGAGGUCACCAAGGAGCGAGAGGAUGAAUGUUUCUACUGUGGUGACGGAGGACAGAUCGUGUCCUGUAAGAAACCCGGCUGCCCCAAAGUCUAUCACGCCGACUGUCUGAAUCUGUCCAAAAGACCUGCAGGCCGCUGGGAGUGUCCGUGGCAUCAGUGUAAUGAAUGCGGCAGAGAAGCGGCGUCCUACUGCGAGAUGUGUCCUAACUCCUACUGCGAGCAGCACCGCGAGGGAAUGCUCUUUAUAUCCAAACUGGACGGCAAACUCUCCUGCAGCGAACACGACCCCUGCGGUCCAGAUCCGCUGGAACCGGGAGAGAUUCGAGAGUAUGUUCCCAGUACAUCCAUUGUAGGUCAAGCACCCAAUAUGUCAGCAUCUGGCAGGAUUACCCAGCCUGCUCUUCCACCCGCAGCACCGCUCUUCAUUCCCGCUCAAAACAGACCAGCGUUUCAAUCCCAAAGAGACCCGUAUGGAGACGAAGUGGUGGAUAACAUUUUACCUUCAUCUUCUCCUAAAGACAUCAAGGAGGAGGAUAUGAGUGACGGAGAGGUGGUGUUUGGAGAUGAUGAAGAAGAGGAAGAUCUCGAGCUUGUGGAUGAUGAAGAUGAUGAAGAAGAAAUCGACUGCAGAGGAAUGGAGUUGGAGGAUGAAGAGGAGGAGGAGGAGUUUGAAGACUAUGAGGAUGACUUCGUUAAUGUUGACUUUGUAGGGACCGAGGAUGGGGAUGAAGUGGAAGGAGAUGAACAGGACACAUCAUGGGAUGAGGUGGUGGAAGCAGAAAAAUGAGCUUGAUCCUGCUGGAUAUGAACUGUGACUGACGACACGCUGGGAAAUCAGCUGCCGUUGUUUUUCUGAUUGGUUCAAGCAUGGAUUGAGAACGAUGAACACUGAUCUGGCUAUGAGCUUGCCUUCUCAACCCAAGUCCUCUUGGAGAAUCCUCAUAGAGGGUUGGAUCCGGUGCUGUGGGAUUGUGACUUCAGUCCGUUUGUUGGAUAAUGAUGAUUAGUGUCUGGUGCUCUUUUAUUUUUUACAUUUUCCUCCUGGAAUUGUUUACAUUCUCUGAUCUGAACAGAAGGAUGACCUCACGGGGGUUUAAAAUGGCGCAUCAUGGACCGUACUGUUGUUGUCUUACUUAGGAAAUCUGAAUAUAGGUUAUGAUUAUCAGUUUUGAUGAACAAGUCUGAUCGUUUAUGAACGGUUUAGCCACAUCGUCCCACACAAAUAUGGAUUUAAAGGGUUAGUUCACGCAAAAAUGUAAAUUAUUCUCUCAUUUAUGGCCUUCAGGGCAUCAAAUAGUUGUAUAUGACUUUCUUCUUUCAGUCGAAUCCAAUUGGAAAUGUAGAAAAAAGUGUCUUGUGCUAUUCCAGCUCAACAAUGAGAACAAUUAGCUAAUCUAUCCAUGAAAAGUAGCUCUCGUGGAUCCAAUGGUGUGUAUAAAAGUCUCCUUUAGUGAGAAAAAUAUUCAUAUUUAAAACUUCUGGCAACCUCCAUCGUAAUAUGUGUACUUUUUUAAUGCAUUAGCGCCACCAGCUGGACAAAAAUGGGUUUUCUUUGUCUUUUUUUUUUGUUGGGUUUGUGUUCGUUUUAACCAUGCACGUCAUGUUUCUCAACCAUGUUCCUGGAGGACCACCGGCACUGCAUGUUUUCGGUGUCUCCUUUGUCUGUCACACUCGUUACAGGUCUUUCAGUCUCUGCUAAUAAGCUGAUGAUCUGAAUCAGGUGUGUUUGGUUAAGGAGACAUAGAAAAUGUGCAUAGCCGGUGGUCCUGCAGGAACGUGGUUAAGAAACACUGCGCUAAAGCAUAGGUGUCAAACUCAGUUCCUGGAGAGCCGCAGCUCUGCACAGUUUAGCUUUAACCCUGAUUAAAAACACCUAAUCAAAUUGAGUUGUUUGAAACCUACAUGUAAGUGUGUUUAAUUAGGGUUGGAACUAAAGUGCAGAGCUUUGGCCCUCCAGGAACUAGAUUUGACACCUGUGCACUAAAGAUAUUUAAAAAAACACACUCCAGUCCAGCUGGUGGCGCUAAUGCACCAAAAAUACACCUCCAAAAUAAGAAGAUUUAUGGAUGCCACUCGCCUGAAGUUACACAAAACAGUUUAUAUAGUCUUAAAUAAAGAUGUUUUUCUUACAGAAACACAUGGAUUCACUAAAGGAGAUGUUUAAUUAGCUUAUGAAGCACUUUUUAUUAUGGUGGAUGCUCUUUAUUGGAUUUAAUUUGAACAAUCACUGUCAUUGUAGAGCUGGAAAAGCUCAAGAUCAUUUUUAAAACAUCUCCAGUUGCAUUGGACUGAAAGGAGAAAGUUAUACGCCUAUAAGAUGCCUUGAGGGUGAGUAAAUCAAGGGAUAUCAACAAUUUUUAGGCGAACUAACCCUUUAAACACCACAGUUUAACAGUACUUGAACUGAUUUCUCCAGGUCUGUCUGUCAGCAGGUCUACAUGUGAUAGGAGUCCCAUACAACUGAUUUGUAAAUGAGAAAAAGAGUCAAAAUGAAUAGGAAAUACGACAUUCCCAGCUUGAUUUCAAUCAUGCACUUUUGUGUUUUCAUCAUUUGUUUCACCUGUCAGCAAGCGACUGAAGAAACCUCAGCAGUCUAGAGGAGUAAUUGUGUUGUUUUUCCUCCAUUCUCGUGGCCUUUGAGUCUUCGUGCUUUUAGAAAAGAUGAGUUUCUGCUUCUUAGUUGGAUCUUGCGCAAGGCCUGCCCGUACUUAAAGGGAUAGUUCACACACAAAUGAACAUUUCCUGUUAAGUUACUCACCCAACAUAGGAUUUCUAGGUGAACUCUCCCUUUAAAUUCAACCACCUUCUCAAAAUUAUAAUCAGAAAUGACUAAUUAUGGAAAUUCUGUGUUCGCAAGUUGAAUUCGUGUCCACUUGCUUGGUUUAUUUGUGAACUUGAAAUGUCUGCGAACUCUGAAUGUUUUGCGCACUUUUCAGAGAUCAGGAGAUACUCCAAAGCAUCAUUCAUACACAUAAAACACCUUUUUUGGGCGGUAUCUACCAAAUUUCAAGCUGAAAUAUUUAGUAUGCAUGUAUAUUUGGGGAUUUUAUGUGCAUUAACAUUGAAGGGAUCCAGAACACCCCUUAAAAAGCAUAUUUAGUCAAAAGUCUCCCAAAAAAAUCAAUGUUUAUUUCAUUAAUAGACAUGUUGGUCAUAGUGGAUCUUCAUGAAGUCACAUUUUGGUUUAAAUUUGCAGUGGUAUGGUUUAAGAUUAUAAAUCAAAACUUUCCAUCAUUGUAUUGUCUGAAAUGAUGAAAGCACCUUUUGUUUGCAAUAUAUAUAAAUAUAUAUAUAUCAUUGUGCACCAGGUACAAUCCCUGACUGAAAAGAAAAACUGCCUCAUAAUAAAGAACUGUUUUAGGAAAUGGAGAAAUCUUCCAUGACUGAUAUUCGAUGUGUUUCAAUGCCUCUAGGCCUUAUGCUCAUUAUUUCUAUUUCUGUAUCUCUUUCUGCAGCUCAAUCAUUCAGACGCUUUUUUAAAAAGCUGUGUUUUUAUCAUCAGCAUCAUCAUGAAACUUUGUACUUCUCUUUUCUUAGCUGCGUUUCUUUCAGUCAUGCUUUUUGUGUCUUUGUAUUUAUGGACCUUGUAUAAUCUUUUCCACUUGUUUUCUGUGUUUCUGUAUGUUUGUUGAACAUGCGCUCUGUGACACCGUGAGGACGAUGAAAUGCAGACGACAGUUUCCUGAGGACAUUUGGGCAAAACGUUUGCUGCCAUGAUAAACUCAUGAUUUUGUACUGUACCUUGUGCAUAAUAAAUAUUAUAAGUACAAUUUUACAAUAGAAA